AUGUCGGCUUCUCCGCCCGUUGGUAGGGAUCCGGAGGUGAUCCAGAUCAAGAGCAGAGAAGGGGUGAUGUAUGGCCGCAUGGAUUUUGACACCUUCGAAAAAUGCCCAUGGUCUAGUUCAGCGCCGCCGCCUGAAUUGCUAUCAGGAGCGACCGUGUUGCUACUGAUUCGUUAUCCUGAAAAGGGCAGCAAACACCCAACCUUCGAAAAUGCACUUCGGGACAGUUGCCUCAACUUUCCACCAGAAGCAUUCACCACCAGAACCUCAGCAGAUCACCUGAUUGACCGAGGCGCUUCUGCUUUGCACGACCAGUUGUUCAUCGCCUCGUGGCCGAUAUUGCAUUCCAUAAAAGAAGAGUCACUCCGAAUUCUGAAAAACGUGUAUAAGAAGUCCAGUGAGUCUAGUCAGAAAGACAAACGGCGGUUCGAAUGGGAUUAUCUUAACAGCAUACUGGACGCCGAUAAAUCCCGUGACACAUAUCAUUUCAUAACUGUUACCAGCUGUACAUUCUACUAUCAUACGUCACGCACAGGAGUAAACAUUGGUAUGGCUUUGGCCCGCAUCACUUUCAUUUGUGUCUUCCUAUUCAACGACGAGUUUCGGGCCCCAUACACUAAGCUCUAUGGCAGUCAAAGUUCAAAUCGUGGAUUAGUUCAAGAGAUUUGGCAAACUCGCUCGCGAAUUCUGGACUUGGUAGAUCGCGACAACAAGGUGUUGGCCAUGACGGGUCUCAUCCAGUUCCUGGGGCAAGUCGCUAUGUCAGACGUGUAUACCGUGAUUUGCCAACUGAAUGUCGCGCUUGAAAGGCUCGUACGACAUGUUUUGAGUAAAAGCCCCAGUGAGGGCGCUGGUCAGACCGCUGAUCUCUCCAUCGAGGGUGACAAUCAAGUGUCUGAUAUUAGCAAUCAGUUGACUGAGUUGAGCACCAACUGUUUUCACCUCGAACACUUUCUGUCUUACACGCAAUCCAAACUUAGGUUAUCGGAUGAUGCAAGCAUGAAAGAAAAUUUGCAUUACGUACGAGAGACGGUAGCAGCGACUAAGCAGCGCAUUGAUGGGUUUACUCAGACGCUCAUGUCUACAAUGAGCAUCAUUGAGAGCCAAAAGGCCAUACAGGAAGCUGAGAAUAUCGGGAAGCUCACUCAACUUGCUUUCUUCUUCAUCCCCGUGACGUUUGUCGCCAGCAUAUUCGGAAUGAACAUUGUCGUAUGUGGCAUCAAGACUGAACGGUACACUGCUGACGAGUUGCAGGAAUUCGAGGACAGACUAACAUCGUGGAUAUGGAUUGCUGCAUCUUUCUCCUGCCUGUGCAUCACCUACGGCCUGUUGUAUCGCGCAAGAAUCCCUUGGGAUGCCUCGCCAGUUUCCGCUCGCUUGAAGAACUUUUGGGACCACUUCUGGGAGCCUAGGAAAGUACGUAACAGCGCAGGCUGA